AUGAUUGAGCGAGCAUGUGUGGUCGUCAUUGACGAGCUCCUGCAGGUCCCAUCAGUGGGAACGCUGUCGACAUGCGUGAAACUAGACCCUGCAUCACUGCACAAGAAUACUGCCGAGGUUGAAGGCGAAAGUAUCAUCAAGUACAGGGACGAGCUACACUUCGCAGUCUUGCAAGCUGCAAGCAAGAGAGGGCGGCGAAAGAUUGUAUUAUAA